AUGUAUAAUUCUCAAGCGAUUAGCAUGUGCCGAGAAGUGGCAUUAAGAAAUCUACAAUUCUACAUUGAACACAUAAGUAUGCUUGUGCUCUGCGAUAACGGUAUCGAUGCAAUAAUAACCGAUUGUGCACAAGCAAUUGGAAUAACGUUAAAGUCGAAGAAAAAUGCAUCAAGCUCGAAAAUUGCAUUACAUGCUCGGUCAACCGCGGAUAAUGUUGCAGGAAACGAUAGAGAACGCAUAGUUUUGACCAGCGAGGAAGCAGGAUCAGGAGUGAUCGACAGAAAAGUGAGGCUGGUGGAUGGACCAUCGCCGACAACUGGCAGACUACAAAUUCUGCAUCUCGGAAACUGGAGAUCUGUAUGUAGCAAUUCAAGAAAUUGGACGCUGUCAGAUUUCGGUACGGUAUGCCGCGAGCUCGGUUACCGCGGCGGUCGCUUUUACCGCUGGAUGGAGGGUGAACGCCGUGGUACAGGCCACGACCGUCGACCGGCGCGGCUGCUGCUCGAAACCCCUUCCUGCUCCGGCAGUGAAAACUCGUUGCAAGACUGCCGCAGAUGGAGGGACAGGCAACUGGGCGCCGGUGUAUGUGAUUUUCAUGGAGACGUCGGUGUGCAAUGUGAACAGAGGCAUGCAUUGGACCAGGCGUCAAAGAUCACGAACAAUUGGCGAGGUUUACGAUUUGAGUAUGCCGAUAGCGAACGUCGUCUUACCCAAGAAAACACUCUCUACAUCACAUCCUCUCGAUCAGUUCUCGAAUAUGUGGACAUCCUUCAUGCUGGAUCGGGCAGAAGCAGCAACACUACUGCAGGCCUUAGUGUCCUGGGUGUCGCUCCAAACAUGCAAAACUUACGAAUUACAAAUUCGGCAUACCAUGGAGCAGAAAUAUUGAACACCGAUGCACCAGUUGUUUUAUCAAAUUGUGAACUGGAAGGGAAUGCUGGUUAUGGGAUCGUUGUUAACUCAACCUAUGGACAGGUGCUUCUAGAAAACUGUACUGUCGAUGGAAAUGGUGCAGAUGGCAUACGCCACAUUGUUCACUACACUGAUCCCCGAGAAUCACGCAGAGAUCGCACCGACGUCCACGAGUUCUGCACCCUGCCCACCACUGUCAGUCAGACUUACCCCGUUCGAAUAUCUGUAGAACAGUCAAAAUAUUCCAAUACUGAAAGAGACUGCGGAAAAUACUUCACCACUCGCAAUGGCUACGUACUUACACUUAACUUUGUGUUUUUCACAACUGAUAAAAACGACACAGCCACUUUGGAAGUUUUUGAUGGAACCUCAAGACAUGACAAGCGAUUGGCCACACUCCUCAUAAGAAACAACACUAGAGCACAGAGUGUAACUUCGACAAGAAAUAAAAUUUACGUGCGGUUCAAAGCUGAAACUAGAGUCGAAUUGUUGGGUUUCCUACAUCUAACAGCUGGUAAGCAAAAAUCAUAUGACUUAAACAUCACCAGAAGCAAUAUUGCUGACAAUAAUGGAAAAGGCAUCACAGUAGAAAAUCUUAGAUCUAUGGUGCAUAUACACCAGAGUUCUAUAUCCAACAAUGGUUAUAUAUCUGGAUUACACGUAAAUCAAGGCGUUGGUGAUGUUAAUGUAACAGAUAGUCGAAUCAGUUUUAACAGAGGCGACGGUAUAAAUAUAACUUACACUGGAGGUAACACAAAUGUAUCACGCAGUUCUUUGAGUUCAAAUACACGCAGAGGUUUAGCAAUUUGGCUGAAUGAUACCACAGAAACUGAAUAUAUGAAUUUUAAUCAAACUACUGUACUAGAAUAUAGCGAAGUAUUUAGAAACUUAGAGGAAGGAAUUCUUCAUGGUAAUUUUUGCGGUCAAGGUUGGAUUAAUAUAACCGGCAAUUGGUUUAACGAAAGUAUGGAUACUGCAGUAGAUUUAGGGACUUGUUGGCAAGAUAACCAGCAAGGUAAGAAAUUAAAUCUACAAAUUGGACACAAUGUUUUUGAGAGAAAUAGAAAAAUUAGUAUCAGAAUAUAUCCUGCUCUAAAUAUAGAAGGAAAAAUAGAAUAUAAUCAUAUUCGACAUGGCGAAUAUGGAGGAAUAUUAAUAAAAAACCAGCCAUUAGAAGAAUUCGAAGUUCUUCCUUCUAGAAUUGUUUUACAAAAUAAUGAAUUAUAUAAUAAUAAAGGUGUUUUUGUAGUUAAUUUGGGUACUUCACCUUAUAGCCUUGUGCAGUCAAUAUUAUUUACAAGAAAUUUUGUCACUGAAAAUUCUAUCAAUGAACCUUUUAUAAACGAAGACGGCGCAAGUUUCAGUUUGUUGCCUAGAAGUCGAGUUGCCGCGGCUGUAGUUGUUUCAUCUGAAACUGUUGAUAUCUAUAGAAAUAUUAUUGACAAUCCAAAUUCUAAAUAUGAGAUUGGUUCUCAUUUGGAAGAUCAGAGUAAGACAAUAAACUGUACCUUCAAUUGGUUAGGUAAGCGUGAUGAAGAACAACUAUUUAAUAGAUUAUUUCACAGAAAGGAUAGAUACAAUCUUGCUAAAAUUAUUUACUUACCUUAUCUGCUACACAAUAGUAAUCCAGGUGCGAAUACCGUCGUAGCACAUCCCACAUUUGUUCCACAAUUCAACGUACCGGGUACAUAUAUAGUCGGUGGCGAAGUAGAUGGUCAAGAAAAUCUUAAACCCGGCGAAUAUUUUGUAGAUAAGGAUAUCAAUAUAAGACCAGGCGGUAAGUUGACCUUACAAUCUGGUGUUACUUUGAAGUUUCCGCCAUCAAUUGGAAUGAUGGUUGCUGGAAGAUUAGAAGCUAGAGGCAGAAAUAUAAAUGCUAUCACAAUGACUUUAAAGCAGCAAACUGUAAUGGAACCUGAAGUAGAGAAUAUGGAAAUGGAUACAGAAAGAUAUGAUACAGAGACUCAAAUAAUUGAAGUAGAAUCCAAAAUUCCUAUUCGAUUACUAGGUGGAAUGACUAAUAAUGAAGGAAGAUUACAAGUAAAAGUUGAUAAUAAGUGGGGAACUGUUUGUAAUUAUGGAUGGUCGAUACGGAAUGCGGCUUUAGUUUGUCAUCAACUCGGCUUAGUUUUAAAUCCCAAUGAUUGGAAUCUUGAACGAAAUCAAAUUCCGAAUGCUGGUACGAGUGAGCCAAUUAUAAUGGCAAAUGUACGUUGCACAGAGUUUGAUACCGAUAUCACAAAAUGCCGAUCAGAAAAAGCAAAUGAUUUUGAGAAUUCUUGUACCCACGAACAUGAUGUUGGAGUGCGUUGUUACCAAAGUAAUUGGGCUGGAUUAAGAUUGGGUGUUCUUGCAGAACGCGCCGAUUUGCAAUUCAUCACUAUUGAGAAAGCUGGAUUGCUAGAUUAUGCCACAAAUUCCUUUCAACCAGCGUUGCAGAUUGAUUUUGCUCGACAUAGUUUGGAAAGUAUCAGAGUCAUAGAUAAUAUUCAAGAUGGAUUAGGAAUUAUUUAUUCAGACAUAUAUAGUGCUGAUGCAGUAAAUACGGUUAGAAACUCGGAGUUUUUAAACAAUCGAGGCAGCGGCAUUAGCGUGAAACAACUUGGUUUAAAAGUUCAGGGAGCAGUUAUCGAAAAUAAUUUAGUAGCGGGCAUAAAACAUGACCCGGUAAUAUCUGGAUUACAACAAAAAGAACUAGCUGGCUGGUUUAAUAUGGCUCCAGAUUUUAAUGUAUUAGAAUCUAAUUAUCAUCCUAUUACGAUACCUGAAUAUGAACCUGCAACAAUAGAUUUAGAAACCGGUAAAACGAUAUAUCUUCUGACAUCUAAGCAUGUACGCCAAGAAAAUAUUCACAAAUUUUUUGACGUUAAAUGUCAGCCAGGUUAUGUUAUUGGUAUACAAUUAUUGAAUCCUGUUUCUAAUAGAUCCAGUGAACGAAUUUGGAUACAUGACUCUCAAAAUGUUAAUUCUCUAAAUGAGAAAUGGCUUCUGAAUCGAGACUUAUCUGUUUUUCCGGUUGCUAGUAGUAGUUUUGGCGUUGUGCUAGAAUAUACAAGUGGAAAUAAUGCGUUAGGGGGCGUUGUGCUGGUUUUGAGUACUAUUCCUGCACCAAGGCAAACUAUAGUAAACAAAAUUGUCAGAGGUCCUGUGCCAACGUUAACUAUUAUGAAUUCGCGUAUUCGACGAAACGUAAAAGGAAUGCAGUCGUGGUAUUAUAAUCGAUAUCUUAAUGAACUUGGAGAUCAUUAUUUACGAAAAGGAAAUGAAAGCAUUAAAAUUGUAAACUGUGAGAUUGCACAUAAUUUAGAAGAAGCAUUUGACAUAUAUUCUCCUUUCUGGGAUGUGCACGAGAGCAAUAUCUCUGAAGUAUCGAUCAGUAUUAAUAAUUCUCUAAUUACUGAUAAUGGAAGAGGUAUUGUACAGUUUUCACGUGAUAUGAGAAAUUCUAACAACUUAUUCCAUUACAUACUCCAGGAUAAUUCAAUUGAAAGAAAUUCAGCUGGUGGCUUUGAAAUAAGCCUUCCAUACGUUUGGAAUUACAAUGAAAAUUUCACUCAUUCAGUUUACGUGAAUAAUAACACAUGGAGAGGUAAUAAACAAUUUAAUUUUGUUAUUGAUGGUCAUUAUUCAGCAGUUAAUUUGAGCAGGAAUUCCUUUACUGAUAACCUAUGUAAAACAGGCUUGAUUUCUAUUCGAGGUAUGGAAAAGCAAAUGAAAAUUGAUGGGAACGUCAUACAUCGUAACAAUGGUAAAUAUAUGGUUGAAUUUAGAGCUGAUAGUCAAAGUGAAAUAUUAGGAGAAGUAAAAGCGAUUUUUGCUUAUAAUGAAAUUAGAUCUAAUAGAUUCGUAAAGUUUUCUAAAAGUGAUCUUCAUCAGCUAUAUCGUGACCCAACAUGUGUCAUUGGAUUUAAUGGUGUACAAAAAGUGCGAGUAAACCGAAAUUUAAUAUCGGAUAAUGUUUUAGACUAUGAUCUAUUAGCAGGCGUUAAAACAGCAAAAAUUAAUAAUAACUUAGACGUUCGUGAAAAUUGGUGGGGUUCUAAUAAUGCUAGUUUUAUCAAAAAACGUAUAUUUGAUUUUGACGAUUGGAACAAUCAUGCCGUUGCUCAUUAUCGCCCUUAUCUAAUUGAAGAUAGUUUUGACGCUAGUGUUUCUGUAAGUUUUGAUGAAGUAACACCCGUGGACCUUGAUAACCUAGGAGGAAGACUUUUGCAAAAUUUGGUAUUAUAUCGACGGGAAGAACCAUAUGUUCUUCAAUCCGAUUUGACUGUAAUGCCAGAUGUGACACUUACAAUUAAUGCUGGCGUAGAAAUGGAAUUCGCACCUAAUGUUGGCAUCUUGGUUUUAGGAACAUUAGUUGCGCAAGGUUUUAGAGGCUCAGAAAUAGUGAUGAGACCAAUGACCCAGAAAAUGUCUGAUGAAAAUUCGUUUAAAAACCGAAGAUCUUUAGAGAGUCUUUUGAUGCACGAUACGAUUAGACUUUGCAGUGCUGGAAAUUGUUCAGAUGCUGAAGAAUAUAGUGAUACCGCGCAAGGUUUUUUGGAAUAUUACAAUAGGACUACCUUGCAAUGGGUCCCUAUGUGCGAUGACAGAUUUACCGAAAGGAAUGCUCAGGUAGUAUGCAGAGAGCUUGGUUUUGAUCCUAUAAAUGUGUUCUACCAGCGAGACAGACGGAUAGAGUACCAUUCGAAUUCACUUAGUAGAAUUUGGUCUUGGCCGGAGCCUUUGCAAUGUAAAGGAACUGAGGCGCGAUAUGACGAUUGUCCCAUUCGUCUCAACGGGCAGCUGUAUGGUCAUCUUCAUACUUGUUCUUGGGAUUCAGAAUUUGUUUUCAUCAGUUGUGGAAGAAGGAAUCUGGAGCAACCUUCUGAUUAUUGGGGUGGUAUUAGAUUUGCUCAUCCAGAAUUUGAACAUCGAUUGUAUGAACACAGAGUUCAUGACGUGAGAACUCAUGGCGUCGUUAGAGCAGCAGAAAGCAUUAUGGAAUUCGUUAAAAUCAUAGGUGCAGGAGUAUUACACAAUGAGAAAAGUCCAGCAGUUCAAUCGAUUGUGAGAAGUCCAGCACUUGGUUUUGUCGAUAUUCAGAAAAGUGCACAUCAUGGUCUUAAUUUAGUAUCACCAAGUGCAUCUAUGGAUGUUAGAUUUUUAAAUGUUGACGAAACUCUUGGCGAUGGAAUCAAUGUGGUUUCCCUGACUGGCGAAGGUCGAGAAAGUGACGAAUCAUCAUUCACACCUUUGAAAGAUCUGAAUCUUCCGUAUUCUCUGUUCUCUCUAAUAGACAUAUGUGAUACAUCCAAAGAAAUCAUAGUUGAAGAGCGUGUUCUCUUAUAUUAUAAAUACGACAACUCUCCAGUGAAUUGUGUAAAAAUCUUCAGAAGUGCUUAUGGAAUCAAACCUUUUGGAUUUAGAUUGCUCCAAUUUAAUCUAUUCAAUCGUACCACUGCUCAAGAAUAUGGACAACCUGAUGAAAUUACUUUGUAUGAUGGUGAUGUCUAUAAUGUAUCAGCACCUAUAUUAGGAAAAAUCCAAGCAAAUGCUAAAGGUGCAGAAAGAAAGUUUUAUAAAAGCACGUGGCAAGGAUUGAGUGUCAGGUUGUUCGCAAGCGGAGCCAGUGGGACAUAUGGUUUUAUAGCAGAAAUUAUUACUUUGCCGAUUUCAGCAAUUGGAUUUAAUCGCGAUGCACAGCACAACCUGACGUAUUCUACAUUGUCCAACUGUUUGACUGGUGCGUUGUCUUACUCGACCGUCGGCGAGGUGUCGCCCACGCUCAGCCUGGACAAAAACCAAAUCCUGGACAACUGCGUUCAACUUUAUGGAAACUUCUCAACCUGCAAGGCGGCAAUGAAGAUCGAUGUCCAAAAUAUGCAGAACAUGUAUUUCAGGAAUAACUUAGUACGUGGAAAUCAAGGAGGUCUAUGGUUGCGGGCGGACUCCCGCGGUUCCGCCACUUCUCUACGCGGUUGGCUUCAUAACAAUCUAUUCACGGAGAAUUAUAAUCUGCCAGCUCUGUACAUUGAAGGUCGCCAAUCAUCACCAUAUCAAGAAGUCACUAUAUAUAAAAACUAUUUUUCAAGGAAUGUCUUGCAAUACCAUGAUGUUAUAGUUUUGAAGCAAGUUGUUUCAAAUUUCUCUUACAACUACGUUAAUAGCAACACUGGAGCAAGAAUAAUGGAAAUUUCAGGAUUUGAAAAAGUUCGCCUACCAAUUUAUCAGACUACAAUGCACAAUGGUUUUUAUAAUAACUACGCCGUAGACCCGCUGGGAAGAGCUACGAUCGUAGCAGGCACUGCAGGGCAACAGUAUGUGGAUAACAUCUUUUUCAACCCGGACAAUGAUUAUGAAAUGAUUACCGUCAAUAGAUCUAUUACUCAAGAAUUAUGGAAAACCAAGAUCGACGCCGCCCAUAAUUACUGGGGCUACAAUAUAACUCUAGCUGUUGGAGCCCGUAUUCGGGACAGAGCUGAUGAUCCGGCACUGGUGGAAGUUCAGUACCUUCCUAUGCACGAUAAUAAUCAAACAGUUCUGGACGGAAAAUGUGCACCAGGAUGGGGAGCAGUACUGGAUACUUGCUAUUCGUAUAUUGGAGCUCCGAUGGGCUUUAGGGAAGCCAAAGAGUUUUGUAUGAAUGACAAUGCUUCCAUGCCAUACAUGAGGUCUGAUACUUCGCCUGUCCUCGCCUUUCUGGAACAGCAGAGAGGAGUGGCCAACGACUACUCCGUGUCGGCAGCGUACGACCAGCGCGUGUGGGUCCAGGACCUGGACCGAAUCGAUCAAUGCACGGCCUUAGAGUACAGGGGCAUUGUUUUAGAUGACUGCCAGAGCAGACAUGGAUUUAUAUGUGAAAUAGAUCCAAUUGUCAGCAUAGAUCCACUUUUAUGGACAACGGACAUUGUUGCCAUCGGGGUGAUUAGCUCAAUGGCUAUUGCUGUUUUAGUAUUGGCUUUGGCUAUUGCUUGCUGGUAUCAUAAAUCAAGACAUCGUCAUGCACAACGUUUGCAGAGAAGAAACAGUAUCAGACAAUCCUUGAGGUCUCUGAAUAGCCUGGAUCCCGGUUCUAUGAGGAGAAAAAACUUGUCUGGAUCUCGGUCCACUGACACGUUAACAGUGAAAUCAGCAUCGGAUUGUAAAAGAAUGUUGUCCUCCGGAUCUAUAGAUUCCAUAGAAAAAAGCGUAUUCACAGGAUCCAGCUUAGACGACGAUAGGAGCUUUGAUGUUUAUGAAUCGCACAAUCCUAGGACUGGCUACAAUGGCUUACACUCGCAGACCGUGAACCCGUUCGUAGAUUCAAAGCCACGUUUCUACGGGGCGAACGAGUUCCGAGAGGGCGGUAAGGAUUACGAGAAGCCGCGACUGGGCAAUCAUUAUGCCAACGGCGGCAGCUCCUUGCCUAACGCCAACAACGCGCCUGGAUACGAACUGGCUUACCGCAACGAAGGAUUCCGGGAUCCUGCCGCGGCCGGCUCGACUUUCGGGGCUGGCAAGGGACUCAAGCAGAGACCCUUCGCCGCUAACUUGGGAAUACCGGAGGUCGACGACAGUAUGGAGCAUCAUGCAGGUCACUCAGACUACUAUAACAACGCUUCAACGUUGCCUUUGAAUAGUACACUUGACAAAUCGAUUACUGAAUCCGAGUCGUUAAAUCUAAGCCAGUACAGCGACCGAGGACUAAUGUUUUUCAAGGAUGCUUCUCCCGAGGAUAACAACAAAUAUCCGCCGACUGCAGAAUAUGCAUCAGCCCACAGCACUUUCCGUGCUCCUGCUAAAGUAGAAAGAGAUCUGAGGCUAGAAAAUGGUUUGCCGCCUGCUCCUCAUUAUGAUAAAACUAUACCAAAACAGGAUAAUGUUCCUCAGUACUCAAGAGCAGCUCCGACUAUUCCUCCAAGUCCACUGAACUAUCAGAGGGCUGCAUCAAAUGUACUACAGAACAAUCCUAAUGUGCCCGAGAACUUGCCCAUCGUCUACCACCAGAACCUGCCACCGCCGCCGUCGAACGCGCAGCAGAGCGGCGUACCGCCCGCCGUUCCGCCUCCAACUUAUGUGCAGAUAAAUCUAACAUACAAGAAUCCCACGACGCUCAGCGACGGCUCACCCCUGGAGAGGAAAGUGCAAAACUUCGAAAACGCCCCAUUGAUGAGCGAUGCGGAAUCCACCACCAGCAGCGUUCCAUCGGAAAGGAGAAAUGUUCAGAAGCCGGCAGUGCCUCAGAGAUAUGUUCUAACACCUCCCUUACGACCACCUCCUCCGCCGCCAGUGGCUGCAACGUUAAACAUUCCGCCGGAAAGGCCCCAGUCGUCCGUUGCGAUGCCUUCCGUGUCGCCGAUUCUGAUUUCCAGCAAACCAUCAAGGUAUGAACGUUCGAAGAGCGAAGCUCUGCUCGAGACCAAUUUCGAUGUCGAAGACGACGCGGUAGGGCCGAGCGAACCGCUCACGAAAGACUCGAGGAGUCAGAGUCAGCCACUUGAGACUGCAAUGUAAUAAUAGAAUUUGACGCGCGAUUUAUGCAUAAAUACGCGUUUAUGUGAUUUUAGACUAAUUUAUUAAUUUAAUUAAGAUUCAUGUUGUUUGGAUAAUCAUCAUUCCGUAAAGUAUUUAAUUAUAUACAGAUAGUCCGUAAACUGAUAUUUUGGACACUACUGCCUCAUUGUAGUUAACAUGUUGACUGGCGUUUCUUUGGAC